AUGGAAGUCGAGGAGGUGUUGCUACACGAUGGCGUGGCUUCCCUGUUGCAGCAGCACGCUCAGGAGUUUGCUGCUGCAGAAAUCAGCAACAGCAGCAGCAGCAACAGCGGAGGCGAGGCUUGCGGCUGCACCCAUUGCCGAACCUCAGCGGAGUCUACAGCCAAGGUAAGAGCUUCUCUCGGCAGGUGCUGCGUGGCUGUGCUAGCGGGAGUCAUUGAAGAAGGUGCUGCGGCAGCAACAAAGCAACCUCAGAAGGCGCAGCAGAAGCUGCAGCCAGCCAAGAGAGCGACCAUCGUAUCGUGCUUCAAGUUGCGGGAGUUCUCCGCUGCCGUUGAGGCUGAAGUCAAGCAGGAGCACCAACAUCGGGAGAAGGAAUUUCCUUCGCUGCUGCUGCAGCGUCUCGCCGCUGCAGCAGCAGCGCAUCACAGCCUCUUGGUGAAAGACAUCCGCAGCGUUAGAGCAGCUCUCCCCUUAGGUGUAGAUAUCUUGGGUGUAUGGACACCCGUGCCGCUGCAGCAGCAAAAACAAGAGGAGCAGCAGCAAAAACAAAAGCAAGAGGAGCAGCAACAAAAACAAAAACAAGAGGAGCAGCAACAAAAACAAAAACAAGAGGAGCAACAGGAGGACAGGCUCCGUCCAUUGUAUCAGCUUGCGUCUGCGCUAAAUACGGCGAUAGAGAAUACCCUAAAGGCAGUUGAUGAAGAUGAAGGCAUACCCGAUUUUUGCAAUACUGCCAGCGGCAGCAGCUGCCUCGGCAGACACGAUAAGGUUUGUUUUGUCGCAGUAGCGGCUGAUGCUCCAAAGGAGCCAUUGCAGCAUACACAGGAAGAUGUACUUGCUUCCCAGUUUGCAGCGUUCGAUCUUUCGCGCGCGGGAUCUUCGGCAGCGGCUGCAGGAGGAGCAGCGGAGGAGGGUGCCUUAGAAGCACAGCGAAUACGAGUUCAAGUGGGGGAUGUGCUGGUCAAGUGGCAAAGCACCAGAGGAUGGUAUUUGCUGCAUUCGCGGCUGCCACUGCAGCUGAUGCUCUCUGCUGAAGCAGCGGCGGGGUGUCUGCAGCAGCAGCAAAUCGCUGCGUGCUGUUGCAGCAAGGGGUUGCUGCUGCCCUCUCUCGCUCCUGCUGCAGCGGAGGAGCUGCUGCAGCAGCUGCAGAUGCAGACGCAGCAGCUGCUGCAGGAAGAUGCUCUUUUCUUUCGUUUGCCAAAUGGGGAGUGGCUGGCUCCAGUGGCUGCAUCGCGGGGUAGCAACUCUGGCGGCACCGCUGCGGCAGCUGCGACAGCUACGCUAGGAGCAGCCUUCUCCGCUGCAAAGAAAGCUGCAAGACAGAAGCAGUGCGAAGGCAGCAGCGCGAAUAGCCGCAGCCACAGGGGGACUGUUGCCAGUGAGUGCUCCGAGUUCGCUGUACAGCAGCAGCACUUCCAGCACGCCUUCUGCCAGCAGGACGAUUCUCAAGAGGAGGAGCUGCCGCUGCCUCUGAAGGAGCUGACGAUGCAUAUUCCAGCAGCGCGCAGACUCAGCAGCUGCACAGCAGCGGCAGUCGGUGCCUCCCUAAUUUGCGCUGCUGCUGCAGCACCUGCCGCAGGAGGCGAUUCGGAGCAAGCCUUGAUGCCUGGUUCGGCAGUCGUUUAUCCUGAGGCGUCUUUACGCGGAAUCGAAGAAGCAGAAAAGCAGCAGCGUGACGUGUCUGUGUCGCAGCACGCCCGGGUGGCUGAACAGCGAGCAGCCGUCACAGCUUGCGGAAGUGAGAGCACCUGCCUCAUAGCGUGCGAUGUGUGUUUGCUGCUGCGGAGAGACACCCAGCAACAGGCGGCAGCAGAUUCGCUCCUGCAUGCGCUGCUGCUGCAGCUCCGCUUCCUUGGAGGGGCCUUGUCUCAGAUGGCAGCAGCAGCCGCCGCAACUGCGAAUGCAGAUGCUUCUGAUGGUGGCGGCACGCUGAAGAAGGGGGCAUAUGCAACGCAGCCUUUUCUCGUGCACUCUCUGCUGCUCGCGGACUGUAUGGCCCCACACUUCUCUGUCUCUUUCUGCUCCUUUCUCCCCUGCCAUUAUGCCCUUCCCCUCACGGCAUGCAGCACUGAACUGCCAAGUACGCGAUCGCAGCAGCAGCUGAGGAGGCAGAAGCGCUGUGUUUCCCGCAGAACUGCACACCUUUUAGAGAGGGCGCAACAACGAGGAGGUGUUUUGCAUGCCAGAUCAGGGAUGGCUGUAUCGGUUGUAUUUCUUUGCGGGGAGGGAGUAGAAGGGGAGGGGCCUUGUGUGCCUCAUCUUGCCCUCUCGGCAGGACCGAAGGUUUUCCGCCGCGCUCGUGUCAGCCUUGUGCGAGGCCUUUGCGAUUAUUACCAUUACAUGCAACCGGUUCCUACACACUGGGAUAUCCAAAAGCUUCUCAAGGAUAAUGAUGAUGCAUUCAGUGAUCUACAGGUUGGAUCUCCCCGAUGGAUUGGUACCAUAGAGGCGCAAUACGUGCUCAACUGGUACUUAGAGUUCGGCUGCCGCGUGAUAUACCUGCAGCACAUGGAGGAGAUUGAGGCUUACAUGGGCCUCCUUUUGGCGCACUUUGCGAGGCAACAAACUCCAGUCAUUAUGGGUGUCGGACAGUUCGCCUAUCUCCUCCUCGGAGUUGCACAAGAUUUAGACACACAGUUGACAGCACUCCCAUGUCCUCCUCGGUGUCUCUCUGCGAUCUGCUUAUCUGGAAAACUCCUCUGUGCCGUUAUGCUUGUGCAUUUUGCCGCCGCGGGGAGGUGCAGUGGGUCUGCGCCCUCUGUCGAACUCGCUGCUCUUCGCUACUCCGAGCAUUCCAUGCAUGCAUCCCGUGCAUCAACGUGGCCUCAUUGCAUAGCUUGCGCAGACAUAGACUUCCUCGAGAGAGCAGCGGCGGGCAGCUUCGUGAAUUUGCUGCUGCCGCACACAUCCACAGAGGACGGUCGCCUCGUCUUCUGA